AUAGGGUCGUCUUUGUUAACAUUUAGUAAAAGUCUACGACGUUGUUGCUUUUUUAACGUGAAUGCACGGAAUAAUAAUACUAGGAAAUAAAAUACGUAUGUACAAAGGAGAAUAUAGAUUGAAUGAGCGUAUGAACAAAAAGACAAAUAAUACUACACAAAAAAAUAUGGAUUUUAAAAAAAUUGGUAUGUUCCUUAAUGGCUCCAACCUGUAAAGACAUGGACUUUGCUGUAUUAUUUAACAGAAUGUUCAGUAAAUGUCUAUAACAAAUUGACAAGUGAUCAUUGUGUAAAGUGAUAAUGCAAAAUAGUGAUCACAAGAUAAAGUUAUAUUUACAAAUAAUAAAUAGACAUAGUUAUGUUACUUAGAUCCACUUAUCUAACCAAUACAUCAAAGAAACGUCAAAUGAUUGAGUAAAUUUUUCGAAAUAAUUCAUGAAUAUGUUUCGGAGUAGAAGCUGGUUUGGAGGAGGAUUGUGGAAACCUAAAAAUCCACAUUCUCUCGAACACUUAAAGUAUCUCUACAAUGUUUUAUCAAAAAAUCAUACUGUCUCAGAAACCAAUAGAGGUCUACUUGUUGAAACUCUUAGAUCGAUAGCAGAAAUAUUAAUUUGGGGAGAUCAAAAUGAUAGUAGUGUAUUUGAUUUCUUUUUGGAAAAGAAUAUGCUGUCAUUUUUCUUGAGAAUAAUGAAACAAAAAUGUGGUAGUUAUGUGUGUGUUCAGCUUCUACAAACGCUCAAUAUUCUAUUUGAAAAUAUCCGAAAUGAAACAUCUUUAUAUUAUCUAUUAAGUAACAAUCAUGUAAACAGCAUAAUCGUACAUAAAUUUGAUUUUAGUGACGAAGAAGUAAUGGCUUACUACAUUAGUUUUUUAAAGACGCUUAGUCUCAAACUAAAUGCACAUACAAUUCAUUUCUUCUAUAACGAGGUAAACAAGCAUACGAAUGAUUUUCCAUUGUACACUGAGGCUAUAAAAUUUUUUAAUCAUUCAGAGGGAAUGGUUCGUAUUGCUGUUAGAACACUUACAUUAAAUGUAUAUCGUGUUGAAGAUGCAUCAAUGCUUGCUUUUAUUCGAGAUAGAACAGCAGCUCCAUAUUUUAGUAAUCUCGUAUGGUUUAUUGGCAAUCAUAUCAUUGAAUUGGAUACGUGUGUAAGAAAUGAUGCAGACCAUCAAAGUCAAAAUAGACUUGCAGAUUUAGUAGCAGAGCAUUUAGAUCAUUUACAUUAUUUAAAUGAUAUUUUAUGCUUGAAUAUAGAAGAUUUAAACAAGGUGUUAUCGGAGCAUCUUCUACAGAAAUUAUUAAUACCACUUUAUGUUUAUUCUUUAACGAAAUCCAAAAAUUCAUCAAAUCACAUGAAUCAAGAUGAGAAGAAACACGUCAGUGUUGUUGUUUCACUUUUUCUACUUUCUCAAGUUUUUCUUAUCGUCUCACAUGGACCUCUCGUACGAGAAUUAGCAUCGGUUAUAUUAAAAUCUGACUCUUCUGUGAUACAAAAUUGUUCUAGUCAUCCUACUGACGAUAGCAAUCAUCAUUCAGUACUAAAUAAAUCAAUUGUUUUUGCACCUCCAACUGAAAGUUUAGAAAAGUCUCUAGAAAAUUUGAGUGGAAUUUCCGAAGCUCAUUGUUCAACUGUUGAGGAUGUAAUAUCAUCAAAUGAUUCACCUCCACUUAGUUGUACUUCAAGUGAUGGAAUGCCAGAAUCAUCAGAUUCAGAUGCUAUGAGAGUGGACAAUUUGGAUGCAAAAAUUAAACAUCUUAAUUUUACUGAUGAAGAAAAAGAGCAAAGAUUAGCAUUAGAAAGUCCUCCAUUAUCUAAAAAAUCACAAGAAAUUUUAAAUGCUCCGAUAAUAAAUAGACCCUUUCUUGACACAAUUUUUAAUUCAUUACAUUGCACAGAAAAUGAUUAUGCGACGCUUUUUGCACUUUGUUUACUUUAUGCUCUUAUAAGUAAUCAGGGAGUAAAUUGUGAAUCAUUUGAUUUUGUGUUGACAUCAUCUCAAAAAGGAGCAGCUGUUAAUUGGUAUAAUGAGACUUUAGUUGAUAAAUUAAGUCAUAUUAUUACAAUGAGUUGCCAAAAUAAUGCCAAAAUACGUCUAGUAACACUCGAAAUGAGUAUAAAAUUACUUUUGAAAAUUGCUAUAUCUAAUGGACAAAGUUUAUUAUGUGAUGCACAUUUAGCAGCAAUUGAAGCAGCAAAAGAACAAAGUACAGCAUUACUUCGAAAUUUUUACAAAAGCGAAGAUAUUUUUCUGGAUAUGUUUGAAGAUGAAUAUAGUGAAGUACAGAAGAAACCACUCAAUGUUGAAUGGUUGAUGAUGGAUAGCAAUAUUUUAUUGCCUCCGACAGGUACACCAAUGACUGGAAUUGAAUUUACAAAGAGACUGCCUUGUGGUGAGGUUGAACGAGCUCGUCGUGCAAUUCGAGUGUUUUUUUUGAUUCGAGAACUAUCUUUAACAUUAAAUAAAGAAGUAGAGACUCAAUUGCCGCUGACUAAUCCAUCCGAUUGUGUGAACAUUAACUGCGUUCUUGAUCUAAACAACAGUGAUCUGAUUGCUUGUACGGUUGUAUGGAAAGAUGGACAAAAAAUCCGAAGAUUUUUGGUAAUUGAUGUGAUGCAGUUAAUUCUUGUUGAGCCCGAUACACGAAGACUUGGUUAUGGUGUUACGAAAUUUGUUGGAUUUUUACAAGACAUCGAAGUUACUGGUGAUCAGGAUGAUUCUCGAUGUCUCCAUUUAACAAUCCAUAAGCCGUCGAACAGCAGUUCACCUAAUAGAUUACCUCUUCUUUCUGCUAAAUUUAUUUUUGAUGAUCAUAUUCGAUGUAUGGCCGCAAAACAAAGAUUGACCAAAGGUAGGAUCAAAGCUAGACAAAAGAAGAUGAAUCAAAUAGCUCGGCUCUUAGAUAUUCCAACAAAUCUUCCAAGUUGUUCAACACCACCAAACUAUGCUCUUUUUGGAUUACGCCAUGAAAGAGUAGGUGGAAGAGGUCAGAAACGUGGAGAUUCAUCAAGACCCAUGUUUAUGAUCAAUAAAGUGCCGGGAUUUGCAACUCAAAUGCGUAAAGAAACUCCAACUAGACUUUCAAGGCGUACAGAAGAUCCUAGUCCAAGUGGUAGAUCACAAGAAAGUAACCUGAGAUCCAGAGAUGGAUCACCGAAAAUACCCAGACCUAGAAGUGAAGAAAUUCCAUUGGAAGAUAUGCGUCUUAGGAAAGCUUCGUUGACUUUGAAUGGCUCAGCAGGGUCAUCAGAUAAUUCAGAAAUUCCUGUAUUAAAUUUAUCUAUUAACAAUCAAUCCUCUGCUAUGAAAAAACACUCAGAAGAGACGUCGUUUACCUCACCGCAAAAUCAACAAAUGAAACCACGACGAAAAGGUCAAGUGGAAACUGUAUAAAAAUAUUUUAAAAUAAACUUUUCUUUUUAUAUAAAAAUAA